CCUACCUGGGUAUUGCUAUGUUGAACGACUAGAAACUUUCUUCCGUUUCAUACCACUACAGCAGCUCACCUCACCUCCAUCUCCGUCAUGUCGCAACAUAGACGCCGUCGGUACAGGCAAUACUAAUGUCUACUGCACAGCGUCGACUAAAUCCAACGCCACAUUACUAAUCUCCUUCGUCAUCAUCUAUAACGCCUCUGAAAGAUAAACAUCGACCCGCAGCCAGAGUCACACGAGGACUGUAUUCACCAUGCGCUGGUCCACCAAGUUUUGCAAUAUCUUGGAGCGUAUAAAAUUCGGAAUCAGAGGCGCCACUCUCCCAACCGGCGUCCUUCCGUAUGAAAUAUGGCUCGCAAUUGUCGACGCCGUGAUUAACGAUUUGGAAUCGACAGUCAAGCCAUUAUCUUGGGUUGUGGUCGGAUUCGAGUCCGAGCAGGUGACAGAUAUGAUUCGCUGCCGCAUGCUCGACAAAGGCAAACACCCCUGGUCUCACAGAAUCGAGCAUUUCUUGAUUGACGAAGCUAGGAACUGGGAAAGGGGCAGAACCAGGCUUCGGCAUAAUGCCAUGGAAUUCCUGCGUAACUUUACACUAGUCGACCACAGAACUCGAGAGAUCAUAAACAGACGGUUACCACGAUGCACAUAUUUCCGGAUAGAUUGGCAUGAUCGCGGCAGGCCGUUGACGUGGCCUUCGUCCAUACGGGUCGUCCCGAGCGUUGACCAGUUUGCUUACUGUGUCAAAUAUCCAAUUCCGCAUGAUCAUAUGGUCAAGUGCAGGACUCUUUUUCGCCUUUUCGAAUACGGCGGUUGCGUGGGACCUUUCUCCCAUGUCCAAUCCAUAAGCCUCUGUGCGGUUCUGCUCAGGCCCGGCUUGGUGCAAAAGCUUAGGCACCACUUUCAGUACUUGCAAAAGAUGCCGAACUUGGAAAACGUAGAAUUCAGAGCAAAAGGACGGUACAUGGAAUCGGAUAAGACCGCUACUUAUACGGUAGAGGACAAUCUUAUUACCUUCUUGCCUGAGAACUUGGACAUGGUCGAUAUUGUUUCACUGUGGAGGUCACUCAAAGACCGAGGGGUGAGGUUCACCGUGAGCCAUUCCAAGCCUUUGAUCGAGUUUACUUGAAAUCACCUUCACACAUUAUCGCAAGAUCCCCUUUGUAGAACGGGAAGGGAUGUUGUUGGAGAAAAAGGGUCGGAUAAGACGACAAGAGAACCGAGUACUUGUCUUCGCCUGAGUCUUGACAAGCUAGGCAACAACCGGAGCCAGCUAUGGAGUCUUUGGCUCCAAAUAAACAAGCUUGGCUGGCAAUCUACAGGGACAAGCUAGUGAGGCGCAAUUGCUCGGAUUACCGAUGGCGUUCGAAGC